CGCGGGGCAGCGCGGCCGCCCCCUCGCGGCGCGCACGGGAGCGCGGGGCGGGAGCGCGCAGUGCCCCGCGGUGCUGCCCCCGCCCCCGCGGCACCUCCCGCCCGCCCCUCGCCGGCGCUUUAAAGGAGGAAAGCAACUAAACUUCUAUUGUACCGGACAGAGCGCGCCGCGCCGCCUUGGACCUUACAAUCUGCUGCAAGCCGGGAAGGCGGCUUCUCUCCGCUGCUCCGUGUGUUUUUGAAACCGUGGUGGGAGGAAGAGAGAUACAUUCUCCCGACGUUUUGUCCUUGUCCUUUUUUUUUUUUUUUUUCCACCGUACUUUUCGGCGGUUCUUUUUUAAUUAUAUUUUACUACAUAUAUAUUUUUUUCCUCAUUUUGUCGUUCCUCGCGCCGCCCGCAAUAAUUGCCUCGCUACGUUUCCCAGCUGGCGCGUUGGAGAAGCCGGCACCAGCCGCCGCGAUGCCGCUCAGCGCCGGCUUCCCCAGCAAGAACUACGACUACGAUUACGACUCGGUACAGCCCUACUUCUACUUCGAGGAGGAGGAGGAGAACUUCUACCUGGCUGCGCAGCAGCGGGGCAGCGAGCUGCAGCCCCCCGCCCCGUCCGAGGACAUCUGGAAGAAGUUUGAAUUGCUGCCCACGCCGCCCCUCUCCCCCAGCCGCCGCUCCAGUCUGGCCGCCGCCUCCUGCUUCCCCUCCACCGCCGACCAGCUGGAGAUAGUGACUGAGCUCCUCGGGGGGGACAUGGUCAACCAGAGCUUCAUCUGCGACCCGGACGACGAGUCCUUCGUCAAGUCCAUCAUCAUCCAGGACUGUAUGUGGAGCAGCUUCUCCGCCGCUGCCAAGCUGGAGAAGGUGGUCUCCCAGAAGCUGGCCUCCUACCAGGAGGCCCGCCGGGAGGGGGGCUCCGCCGCCCGCCCCGGCCCGCCGCCCUCCGCGCCGCCGCCGCCCGGCCUCGCCGGCUCCCCCGCCGCCUCUGCCGGCCUCUACCUGCACGACCUGGGCGCCGCCGCCGCCGACUGCAUCGACCCCUCAGUGGUCUUCCCCUACCCGCUCAGCGAGCGGGCUCCGCGGGCCGGACCGCCCGGCGCCAGCCCUGCGUCCCUGCUGGGCGUCGACACGCCGCCCACCACCAGCAGCGACUCGGAAGAAGAACAAGAGGAAGAUGAGGAAAUUGAUGUCGUUACAUUAGCUGAAGCAAAUGAAUCGGAAUCCAGCACAGAGUCCAGCACAGACACAUCAGAAGAGCACAGUAAGCCCCACCACAGCCCACUGGUUCUCAAACGGUGUCACGUCAACAUCCAUCAGCACAAUUAUGCCGCUCCUCCUUCCACCAAGGUUGAAUACCCAGCUGCAAAAAGGCUAAAGUUGGACAGUGGCAGAGUCCUCAAACAGAUCAGCAAUAACCGAAAAUGCUCGAGUCCCCGCACGUCAGAUUCUGAAGAGAAUGAUAAGAGGCGAACGCACAACGUCUUGGAGCGCCAGAGGAGAAAUGAGCUGAAGCUGAGUUUCUUUGCCUUGCGUGACCAGAUACCAGAGGUGGCCAACAACGAAAAGGCGCCCAAGGUUGUCAUCCUGAAAAAAGCAACGGAGUACGUUCUUUCCAUCCAGUCAGACGAACACAGACUGAUUGCAGAGAAAGAGCAGUUGAGGCGGAGGAGAGAACAGUUGAAACACAAACUCGAGCAGCUAAGGAACUCUUGUGCAUAGGAACUCUUGGGCAUCACUCAGAAUAACCCAAACUAGACUGAACCUAUGGUAAAAUAUUAGUGUUUUUAAUAUCACUCAUGAACUACACCAGUCCAUCGAGUAUGGAACUAUUGCAACUGCAUGCUGUGCGAUUUAACUUGAGACUACACAACCUCGGCUGAAUCUCCCAAGAGUUUGGCCAGCACCUCAAAACUGCCUCAUAAUUGAUACUUUGGGCAUAAGGGAUGAUGGGACAUUCUUCAUGCUUGGGGAUGAACUUUUCAACUUUUUUUCUUUUAAAAUUUUGUAUUUAAGGCAUUUUUUCAUAUGAAAUCCCCAAAAAAAGUUGUCCCCAGAUUGCUGUAUAUAUUUACACAUCUUAUUGCCAUGUAAAUACCUUUAAUAAAGUCUUUAUAGAAAAAUGUGCAACAUUAAUACGCAGCAGUUGUGGCAACUGGAUUUAUACUUGUCUUGAACUUCUGUGCCAUAACAUUUCACAAUUAUGUUUUUUAUUUAAAUACAUUUUUUCUUUUAAAAAUGAUUUUUAUUUUGUUUUUAGAUAAAUAAAUAUUUGCCCAAAAUAUAAUUAGCUAAA